CCCGAUUUCCACUUGAGCCGACACCUCCGUAACGGUUCGACACCCGUCCUAGCUCGCUGGCCUCUCUCCUCUGCUCGGUAGCCCAAUACUCUGAGUCUCUUUGCCACUCGUCAAAGCUAGCAGCUCGAAAAGCAGUCGCAAACGGCGGGUCUAAUCUUGGCAACAUUAGCACGGCUGCCCCUAGCUGUUGACAAAGACGAACGUGGUCUCUAUCGUCCGAGGUCUUACUCGGCCCUUGCACGCUGCUCCACAGCGGGUAAUCUGCCCAUUCCACGAGUACCCCCGCGUCUUACGCGUCGUAAGUCGUACUAGAGGUCUACCAUUACUGUGGGGGGCAAGAAAUUUCCAGUCCAGUCGAACGUGUGGCUCGUAAACGCGUCCUACCUUUCGGCACGACAACAGCUCUUCACGACACCAAGUCAUCCUCCGAGUAUCUACUCUGUCACCAUGACCGCCGUCGACAGCACACCUCUGCGGGAGCGCAUUCUUCAGCGUCUCCCCAUCAUCAGCCACUUGUUCGUCCUCCCCUUCGCCAUCUGGGGCCCUGCCUUGGCCCCCGUCUGUUUUGCCGUCUUCAAUGCCAUUGUCCACUGUAUGGUCCUCGGCGUCAACCUUCGCACCAUCUAUGGCACGUUCCGCGCCUGGCGGGGAGUCAAGAAGCACUCCGAAACCGACUGGCGAGCGGAGUACGUGUCCAAGCGGGCUGGCCUGGCACAGGACGCAGACGUCCUCGACUACGAGGACGUUCAGCACUUGGUCAUUGUUCCCAACUAUGAGGAAGAUAUUACCGUCCUCCGCGAAACGCUUUAUCUCCUCUCGACGCACCCUGAUGCACGCCAAUACCACCCCGUGCUCGCCAUGGAGGCCCGCGAGCGUGGUGCCCGCACCAAGGCCGAGCUCCUCAUGAACGAGUACGGAGGCUCGUUUGGCUCGCUUUCGUACACGCUCCACCCCAGCGGCAUCGAGGGCGAGGCGGCCGGAAAGAGCUCCAACCUGUCGUGGGCCAUCCGUCAGGCAUGGUACUCGCUCACGGAGCGCGACCCGCGCAUCGAGGCCAAGACUGUUGUUACCGUGAUUGACUCUGACACCGCACUUGCGGGAGACUACUUUUCGGCAGUCACCUGCCACUACGCUCUCCGCAACGCUGACGAACGCACCCGCAUGACGUUUGUGCCACCCAUCGUCUUUGACCGCAAUGCCCACGAGGUUCCCGUCACUGUCCGCCUGGUCGACAUGAUGUGGGCCAUGGCUGGUCUGUCCACCAUCUACCCCGAGUCGACCGUCAAGAUCCCUACCAGUGCCUACAGUCUCGCUCUGACCCUCGCCUCAAGCACGGGCUUCCACGAUGCCGGACCUGCCGCCAUUGGCGAGGACAUGCAUGAGCACAUCAAGCUUCUCUUCUGCACCGCCGGCAAUGUUAUCAGCACUACUGUUUAUAGCCCUGCUUCUCAGCUCGACGUCUGUGCUGCCGACAGCACUGGCUUCGUCGGCAUGUACAACGACCAUAUUGCUCGAUACAAGCAGGCUGUCCGCCACCUUUGGGGCUCCCUCGACUCUGGCUACUGUGCUGACCGCCUGUGGCGCCGCGCAUUCGGACCUUGCGAGCAGGACUUUGAGUCGGCUCACCGUCAGGGUGCCCCUGUCGGUGUCUUUACACUCGAGGACAAGACCCAGUUGGACGAGAGCACGCUUCACGCCCCUGCUUGGAUCGACACCGUCGCGUCGGGACCCCAGACCCCUGUCAGUGGAUUGUCCACUCCCCUCGAGACCAUUUGCGAGGAGGAGGCCUCAUCUGUCAGCUCGUUUGGCCUUAACGACGGCGAUGAGAAGGCUCUCAUGUCCUUCCCCCGCCGCGAGAAGAUCAAGGUCAUGCCCUUCGUCGUCCUCAUCAUGCGUCUCUACGAGGCCCACCUGCUCAUCGGCCACAUGACCAUCCUCUCCGUCGUUCGCGUCCUCAAGGAGAUCCCUCACUACGUCUGGGAGAGCCCGGUGCAGCUCGUUCCCCUCCCCGUCGCCUCGGGCUCCGCCAUUUUUGUCAGCUACUCCAAGACCCUGGCGUCGUACCUCGGCCCGCUCUUCUUCUUCACUACCAUUGGCAUGAUCAUUGUCUUCGACCGCUACCACCAGCAGGCUGCUCUCCACCGCUGGCAGUUCGCCGACCGCCUCGGUGCACAGCCCUCUGCCCGCUCGUACCGCCCCUUCCCCCGCGCCGUCUUCGACGUCCUCGCGCUCCCCGGCGGUAUCCUGUUCGGUGUCAUCCCCGCUUUCCACGCCCAGAUCAUGCACCUGAUCACCAUCAAGCUCAAGUACACCGUGUCGUUCAAGCCGACUGUCAAGGGACUCCCUCGUCCCGCUACCUCGGCGCGGGACGUCGAGAAGAGCAUCGUCUAAACAACGGCAACGCUCUUACAUACACGGUCAAAAUAUGAGCAUAGAAUCCCCACCUAGAGGGGAGGGGUUACUCGUCAACAAUAUCAAGCUGGUCUGUCUGCGUGGACCGCCAGAUCCAGCGUCUUGGGGUUAAAGGUAUACAGGUUACAUUAUCACAGACUUCCCUAGCAGUCUUUAAUACUUCACAACGUCACAUGUGCAAUGUGUCGUCUAAUGACCAUUUACGUAGAACGGACGGAUACCAAGUAUUACGACU